AAACGUCAACACAGCAGAGGCAUCAAAAUCAAUUUUUCGCAAGACGUGAAGUGCAUUCCAAGAGAAAUUUCGUGAAAAAGUUGGAAUUUUUCUGCAUUAGUGCGUGCAAUUUGUGAUUUAGAGUGUUGAAUUUAGUGCGUUGUGAUGGGCCGCUCACGUUCCCGUAGUCGAACACCGAAAAAGCACAAGAGCAAGCACCGAAAGCGGAGCAAAUCCCGAUCGUCUUCCCACAGCAAGCAUGAAUCCCAUCGCAGUUACGACAAAUACAAGGAACGCAGUUCCAAAUCUAGGAAGCGCUCGUUGUCCGAAUCAUCCGGCAGUAGUAGCGAUGACCACCACCGGCAGCACCACAGGAAAAAGAGCUCCAAGAGCCGCAAGUUGACCACGGAAGUCGAGCGGCUGGCCGAGAUGGAACGACAGCGGAGACAGAAGGAGGCGGAACAGAAGAUGAUCGAGGAGGAAGCCGCCAAGCGGAUCGAGCUGCUAGUGAAAAAGCGCGUGGAGGAAGAGCUCGAAAAGCGCAAAGAUGAAAUCGAAACGGAAGUGCAGCGCCGCGUGGAAGCGGCCAAAAAGCAAAUGGAACAGGAAAUGAUGCUCGAGCUGGAGAAACGCCGCGAGCAAGCACGCGAAGAAGAACGCCGUCGAGAGGAGGAAGAGCUUAAAAAGCGACAAGAGCUCGAAAAUAUUAUCGCCGAAAACAAUCGGAAGAUCGAAGAGGCCCAACGGAAACUGGCCGAAGACCGACUGGCGAUAAUAGAAGAGCAAAGAAAAAUGGACGAAGAGCGUCAAAAAAUGCGCAAAGAGCAGGAAAAACGCGUCAAGGAAGAGCAAAAGAUGAUUCUGGGCAAAAACAAUUCGCGGCCCAAGCUUUCUUUCUCGCUAAAACCGUAGUUGUUAGUCUGUGAGUGUGAGUUGACUAGUGUUGAACUGCUGGAAUGCAAAACCUAUGCCACGUGUCCUUAGGUUAAGGUUUCUGAUGUACGCACUAUAGAGACUUAGUAAUCAAGCAGCGGACUAACCCAACACUUUCGUUACGAUUGGAACAUGAACUAAAUAUUGCUAAAUUACUGUUUCGGAAGUGAUGUAAUGUAAUCGAAUCGCUGUACGUGAACAGGGGUUAGAAUUCGUUUGCCUGUUAUUCCGUCUCUUUAGUCCGUACGUACGGUGAUGGUGAGCCCGCUCGCUAGUAUUUAAUUCCACUGUACCCUUACCACGGAUACCAGUUUAUAAUAGGGUAACCAAGAAAACCAAGACAGAAUGAUUAACUUAUCUUACGAAUCUGUCUGAAGAUCACGUAUCGUGAUACGUUGUGCAAACUGUACAGUUUGGAGGAGGUUAGUUCCCAUUGAACAGUUCUAAGAUCUUCCUAUGAAUGUUAGAAUUAUGUUGAAUUUUUCUGUAAAUUCUGUUGUGAUAACGCUUUUGUUGAAGAUGAUACCACUUUUUACGGACUGAAAAUUAUUAAAGACUAAAUAGGUACAACCAUUCUUUAUCAUAGUCAUCUUCAACGACAGCGAAUCGCAUUUAUGAAAAAAAGUGUAGAUACUCUUUUAGGUAAUUUACUUAUACAUAUUGCUUGAAUUGAAUCGUUUCAAUUUGUUUCCACUGAACAAAUCAAAUAAAUCUUAAAUAAACCAGUAAAACCAGCACACAUUGUAACUCACUUUAGUCAGUAAGUAUGUUUUUUGUGUUAAAAUGGUUGUAAAUUACCUUUACACAUCUUCAACAAACCUUAAAUAAAAAUUCUUUUAAAUCAAGGAAAAUGUUUGCAAAAAAAAACUAUUAUCAGUAUAAUUUAGUCCUUGAAAAAAGAGAUGAAGCAAUAUUGAGAAACUUGUGUACACCAACCCAUAUGCAAAACCUUCCCUGAUUUGUAACCUGAAAAAUACAAUUCAGGAGAACAUAACCGCUGAGCAAACAAAUAAAUGGACAUAAAACAAACAUGGCAAAAUAAAGUUUUGCAAUUUCCCUUACACAAAAAUAAAAUAGUUUAUAAUUACUACAACUCA